AUGACGACCAAACCCGUCGCUAAAGGCGAUGCCAUCGACUUCAAUUUGGAGACCAUGACUGUUGAACAGGGCCUGCAUCUCAUAGAGCAGGAGCGUGUGCAACCGCUCCUGACCUACCUGAGAACUGGUGUGUUCGAAAACAGGAACAACAUGACCUUCAUGAAGGCGUACUCGGUCGUUGUACAGUUUGGCGACCAACAACAGCACUCCUUCAAGCUUUAUAGCUAUUACAAAAAAGUCAUUCAGGACUAUUGCACUGAGGCCAUGUCUUCCUUAGCCCUAGUCUCGGGCGAAGAGCUGCUUUCUGCACUGGCCGAUUUGUGGGAAAAGAACACGAUCCUCGUCUUUUGGAUGCAGCGGGUCUUUCAAUACUUGGAUCGCUUUUUCACGAAGAGCAGCACUGAACAUCCCGAUCUCUUCAAAGCUGCGCUUCAGUGCUUUACCGACACCGUCUACUCCAAGGUCAAAGACAAGUGUGUGGCGGCAAUGGUAGCUGUAGUCAACAGAGAGCGCGAUGGAUACGAGAUCAAUCAGGAUGUCUUGCGCCUCUUGGUGGAGAUGCUUUGCACUGUGGGGGAUACAGGCCCCAAGGUUGUCAAGCAGAAGGAAGGCAUCGACAAGAGCUCCGCGGACCGGCUCCUCUGGCAGUCCCAAGCUCGGGGCUCUUACAAGAACGACUUCGAAAGCUCGCUCUUGUCUGCAACCCAAGAGUACUACCGCAACAAAGUGGCAGGAUGGAUGGCGGCCUAUUCUUGUCCGAUCUUCCUUGCAGAGAUUCAAAAGCGCCUGGAUGAUGAGGAAAGCCGGCUGAGCCGCUACCUGGACUCUUCAUCCGAGACGGAGUUGAAACGAGUGGUUCAGAUGGAGCUGAUCCUCAACACCGCCAAGCAGCUGGUUGAGAUGAGUACAGGUGCACAGUCGAUGUUCCAGAACCAACGCUAUGAGGAAUUGAAGCUCAUGUACAGAAUCUUCAGACGCGAACCGACCAUGCUUCCCCACCUCAUCUCGGUGAUGGAGCCCUACAUUGAGCAGAGAUGCUCGCGGAUCGUUGAGGAUCAGCAGAUGAUCGACAACCCUCCCACCUACACCGAGAGAGUGCUCGAGUUGAAGAAGGAGGUUGACGACAUGGUGGUAUCUUGCUUCGAGUCUGAUACAGGCUUUCAGAAGGGCCGGAACAAGGGCCUGGAGGCCAUUCUGAACAAGGAUACACGCUGUGCCAAAUAUCUGGCCUUGUUCAGUGACCUGCAGCUCAAGAAGGGCUUAAAAGGUCGAAAUGAGGACGAGGUGCAGUCGUUGGUGAACCAGGUGGUCGGCCUUUUUGCCCACUUGAAAGACAAAGACAUUUUCCUUGACAUCUACAAGAGCGCGCUCUCCAGGCGCCUGUUGAACAAGCUCUCUGUCUCGAACGAUGCUGAGGACUGCUUCAUUACGAAGCUCAAGGUGGAGUGCGGGCAGCAAGCCAUUCAAAAGCUUGCUUCGAUGUUCACAGACAUGGCCCUGAGCGAUCAGCUGCAGGAGGAAUACAUGAAAGGUUCCCACAGUGGCUCUCCUGGAGGGGUCACUCAUGAGGUCCGUGUGCUGCAAACAAAUGCAUGGCCAGAGAAGGCGGAUGAUGCACCGGUGGUACCUUGUCAGGAAAUGUUAACCUGCAUCAGGGCAUACGAAGCCUUCUAUCAUGCAAAGCACAACGGACGAAAGCUCCGCUGGAUCUACAACAUGGGCCAAGUGGAGAUUAAGUGCCACGGCUUAGCACGUCAGCAUCUCUUGGUGGUCUCAGCUUACCAGUGCCUGGCAUUGAUGCUUUUCAAUCACCGAAAAGAAGUGACCCUGAAAGAAGUCUGCGAAGCAACCAAGCUGCCAGAGGAGGAAUGCAGACGGCAGGUAAUGUCAUUGACAGUGUCGAGACACAAGGUGCUGAUGCAUGAUGGCACUGGAAAAGACUUGAGUAUUGAUGCCAAACUGCAGGUCAACUCCAGCUUCACCAGUGAGAAAAUUAAGGUGCAAGUAAGCCUCAUCAAGAAAGAGGAGAAGGCUGGUGAAACCACUGCCUUGGCAGAGGCCCCUGUGGAAAGGAAGCACGUCAUUGAUGCUGCAAUCGUGCGCAUCAUGAAGUCCAGGAAUCGAUUAGAACACAAUGCCCUUCUGGAGGAGGUCUUCAGACAAUGCACCCUCUUCAAGCCGCAGCCGACACAAAUCAAGAGUCAGAUUGAACAUUUGAUCGAGAGAGAGUUCUUGAAGCGAGAUGAAAAGAAUCGGAAUGCCUACAUCUAUUUGCCCUAG